CACUGAACUUCCAAAUCCAAGAUACCAACCACCUUCGACUUUGAAACUGGACACAGAACUCAGAGCCCGUACACCGUGUGGGAGGUGAUAAGGUCUGGAAGUAUUCCAGGAACCUCCGAGAAAUCUCGACAUCAUGGAGAAUGCACUUGAGCCACCGGGAGGCUCCCCAUAUGGCGAUAACCCACCUCAGUUUCUCUUGGACGCAAUGAUGGAAGAACUUGGCAUUGGCAGAAUAAAUGAUCUUUCCUUGGAAGACAACCCAAAGGAUAGAAGAAAUGUCAACAUAGCUGUGGGAGCUUCCCUGGCGAAACCCCCCACUAAGGAGAUCAAGAAGAUUACCAGCAAAUAUGGGAAUGAGAUCAACAUGUGGAAAUCUUUCAAACCCGAUGAUGUGGAUCAAGAUGCUCUCUUAUUGGAUGACUUGGGAAGCGGCCAGUCACAUCGUCUUCGUAUGCAAGCAACUCUUGCUGGAUCUUCAAACCGAGGGGGAGGCGAUCCAAGAGGUGCUCGAGGUGGUCAUAGUGGCGCUAGUCACACCAGUGGUAGUUCAAGAGGUGGUGGGGUUACUGGACAGAGCAACAGAAGGAACAGAGCUCCCAUUGAGGAAAUUGCCAACCUACUCCGAUUCUCGGAUCCAUUAUCAGUUCUCCGUGGGGGAGGAGGUGGCGGACGAGGCGGCAAUAAUGGCCGUGCUGGUACAACUCACGGCCAUUUUGUUCAUGACAACCACACCGCAAAAGACCACACAAAGAAGACCCCCACAACAGAGACCCGUACAACGCAAUUCUUCUCCAUUGUUGUCUUUGGCAACCCCAGAGUCCUUUUUCCCAAGUGCCAAAAGAGUUGAGAAUACCCAACCUCAGCCAACUACCACACAACCAACCAAGAGACAGCCCGCUACCGGACAACUACCCCCUAAACCACCAACCACGAAACAACCAGCCAGUGGGCAAGCAACUGCCAGACAACCAGCCGUUAAGUCACCAGUCGUUAAACCACCCGCCACUAAACCACCAGUCACCAAGACACCAGCCACUGGACAACCAACCGCAGGACCAGUGGCUCCGAUUUCGAAGCCCAACAAACCCCCUCACAUUAAUUCACCCGCCAAAGUGCCCAAGGACAUUGCGCCUGAUAAUACCAGGACAAUACCAAGCAAAGACAAUGACGAGGACCUUAUCUUCUGUGAUCUUAUCUCUUUAGAUAAUGACGGAUGGGUGUCUACAGCCACAUCCGCUGAAGUUAUAGUGGAAGAGCCACCUUCAGCCUAUAUGCAAGACAUGUGGACCUUGGAAGAUAGUGCAAAUGCGGUCUUCAACAUAAUGGUAGAAGUUACGAUGAAAGGAAUGGCCAAGGAGAGGGCAGUUCUCGUGGAAACUAUUGCCAGUGGCGUGGUCCCAGAUGGUCGGGGGAUGGCAUCAUCUGUGUAUGCUUCGGAUGAGCCUGUAACCAAAGAAUCAAUCAAAACCUACUGGGAGACUCAGGGCCCCUCGUUCCGAAAAGGCCUUGAAAACGAAUCUAUUUGCCUGAUUCUCGAAGGUGUCGCUGCCGAGAUAGUCAGACGAGAUGCGCCUACUUCAAGUGAUUUAGGCCAGCAGGAUGUAUCGGGAAGCGUCUCCGAAUACGAUCAAUCUAACUCCGACGAGGCUAUCAAUCAAACCGAGCAGGCUGGCACCCCCGGCAGUGUGACUGGUGAGCCCCAAGGUGUUUCAGAACCCGUUGAGAACAUUUCUGGUAGUCCAGAGACUGCGGGAGACGUGAAGGAGCCUGAAAUUACUUUUGUACAAUACGAUGCCUCCGAGCUAUUGCAGCUCAGGAGCAGAGCUUUGACAGUGGAUAAGAGCGCCUUCCCUGACGAGAUCCGCCAGUUUGUUGUCAAGGAUACCAAUGAUACCAAUGUGUUGCUGCAGAAACCAAAGAUUAUAAAGGUGCUCGGAGGAUUGGCGGACUCAAAAUGGGCUAGUCCUUCUAAGACUAACGAUGAGAAUGUUGCUCCCAGCAAAACCAAGGCUGCCCCCAUAAAAACUAAUGCUGCUCCCCUCAAAACUAAUACCACUCCCGUCAAAACCAAUGUUGCUUCGAGCAAAGUCAAUUUCGACCCCAGCAAAGCCAGUUUCGUCCCCAGCAAUACCUCUCGGCCUUCUCCUACGGACAGCAGUGCAUCUAACUUCUUUUCGGAGAAGCUCCUGCCUACCAAGGCUACGAACGGACUGGCAGAUUCAAAAUGGGCAGACGAGCCGAAGACCCCUGAUACUUACACUCCACUAGAUCUCGUUUCAGCCAUUUUGAGCGUCACAGUGCCCGUCCGUCCCAAGCGUCCUGGCUUGAGUGAUUCCAUGUGGGCCGAUAAUCCUCCAAGCAAGGGAUCACUGACUCGCCCUUCGAUCAACAAAGAAGUUGUCGAUAGGAUGAUUAACCCCCAACUGACCCAUUCAAGCAGAGAUCGUCGCAAGAAGUCAAUCGAGAUCAUCACUGAGGCGACGAAGAGGAGGACUGCUGUACUUGAGAAACAAGCGGCUGAGAAGGAAGCUGCGUUUGCUAACUAUCCCCACUACUAACUUUGACUCGUGGCGGGUUGAGGAGCUGACCUGUGAGACGGAGAAUAAAGAGAAGGGCAGCAGCGAUUAAUAUGUUCGGAGCAGUCAACACUUCCAGGGCUCAACAAGGUUGGCGAAACGGGCUGAGGCAGUGAGAAACCAAAGAGAUGGGCUGGAGAUGAAGACCUUAGAUUAUGAC